GAGGUUCUCACUAGAAUGAAGUCAAUAUGAUGUCAUCACCACUAAGCCCUCCUCCUAAAAGUGCUGUACUGCAGCAGCAACCGGAAAAUAUUCCAAGACAGUAGACAGUAAUGCCAAGACGGUGAUCAAACAUAUUUGACUGAUUGUUAUCCCAGUCAGCAAACAAUGGCUGGAUUCAGGCAGGAGGAUGUUGAAGUGUUCUAUGAUAUGGGAGAGGAGUUGGGAAGUGGCCAAUUUGCUAUUGUUCGCAAAUGCCGAGAGAAAAGCACCGGAGACGAGUUUGCGGCCAAGUUCAUCAAGAAACGACGGCUCUCGUCCAGCCGACGCGGGGUUAGCCGCGAGGAAAUCGAGCGUGAGGUGAACAUCCUGCGUGAGAUCCAGCACAGCAACAUCAUCACCCUCCAUGACAUCUUUGAGAACAAAACCGACGUGAUUCUCAUCCUGGAGCUGGUCUCUGGCGGGGAGCUCUUUGACUUCCUGGCGGAGAAGGAGUCUCUGACUGAGGAGGAGGCCACACAGUUUCUGAAGCAGAUCCUAGAUGGGGUGCACUAUCUGCACUCCAAACAGAUUGCCCACUUUGAUCUGAAGCCUGAAAACAUCAUGCUGUUGGACAAAAACGUCCCAAACCCUAGAAUCAAACUGAUUGAUUUUGGAAUUGCACAUCAAAUUAAAGCUGGAAAUGAGUUCAAGAAUAUCUUUGGAACGCCAGAAUUUGUUGCUCCAGAAAUAGUGAACUAUGAACCUCUGGGACUAGAGGCAGACAUGUGGAGUAUAGGUGUUAUCACUUAUAUAUUGCUUAGUGGGGCUUCUCCAUUUCUUGGAGAGACAAAGCAAGAAACACUAACCAACAUCUCUGCUGUGAAUUACGACUUCGACGAAGAAUACUUCAGCAACACCAGUGAGCUUGCCAAGGACUUCAUUCGCCGGCUGCUUGUCAAGGAUCCCAAGAAGAGAAUGACAAUAGGUGACAGCCUUGAGCACCCUUGGAUCAAGGCCAUCAAGAGACGCAAUGUUCGGCCGGAGGAAAGCGGUCGCAAGCCUGAGCGCCGGCGCCUGAAGACCACACGUCUGAAGGAGUACACCAUCAAGUCGCACUCGAGCAUGCCACCCAACAACACCUAUGUGAACUUCGAGCGCUUCUCGCAGGUGCAGGAGGAGAUCGCAGCGGCCGAGGAGAGCCUGCGCGAGCUGGUGCGCAACCAGCGCUCGUGCCGCGAGGACGUGGCCGCGCUUCUCUCCAUCUACGAGGAGAAGGAGGGCUGGUACAAGGAGGAGAACCAGAGCAUCGCCGCCGACCUCGGCCACAUCCGGCAGGAGCUGCAGCGCACCCAGGCCCAGCGCCGGCAGAGCCAGGAGGAGGCCCGCGCCGCCAUGCUGUCCGCCAACGCGCUCAAGCGCAAGUUCGGCCGUCUGGAGAACCGCUACGAUGCACUGGCUGAGCAGAUGGCGUCUGAGGUGCGCUGGGUGGAGGAGCUGGUACGCUCCAUCACCGCCGACAAGAACAUCCAGGGCAUUGGCAUGGCUUGAGGUCGACCUGGGCUUAUGGGGUGCCUCUUUUGUUGUUUUUGUUUGCUUUAAGUCCAUAAUGUUGCAUAUGUACCAUUCCUUUUCCUGGAGGCAUAUGGUAUGGUAGAUCUGUGGUGGGAUAUACACCAGAUGCUGUAAUACAUCUUUGUCCAGCACUUCUUUCUGCAGUAGAAACAUCUCACACAUGUCCUUGUAUGUUCCUGCAGCUCACAAAAUGAGAAAACAAGCAAUAUAAGGUGAAUGUACAUUGAUUUGAAUCAAAGUUAAGUGUAUUUUUGUACUGGGUACAAAGGCCAGACUCCCAUUUCUACAUUUUCAUUGGCAGUUGCUUAAGAGUUGUCUAUCUGUGCAUUUAUGAGAUUGUCAAGAUUGUUCAAUUCCUUAUGUGAGCUUUGCUUUUGAGCUUUGAAGAGAAGACCAGAGGAAUGAAAGCUGUGACUCUGGGCAUAAGAGGCCACCCCACACACUGGCUGCUAGUGUUGCACUGUGGUUAUAAAUUGAAACACCCCUUUGCCUUCCCACAAUCACGUCAUUCUCUCUAACACCAACUAAAGGGGAGCGAAAGGAGAAUGUGGCUGUUUCCUGCAGACGUUGCAGAACUGCUUAAUAUCACUAUGUAUACCAAAAUGUUUGCAUGUUAAGCUAAGCUAGCUGCUGGAUGAAUAUUUUAAGGUAUUGCCCUGUCUUUUAUACUGGCUGUCAAACACAUGAAUCAUUCCAUUCGUUAUUUUACUUAUUUGCAGGACAUUCCAUAUGUAGGAUUGCGCCUAUAUAAUGUACAUAUAGUAUCAUAUAUAAAUAUAUUUUUAAUGUAUCAUUUGCACUUAAAGUGUACUAUCGCAGUGUUACGUGUAUAACCUCCAGCUGCAUUAUUCUGUAUAAAUGAUGUUUUAUUGCUCAGUUCCCCAUUAAAUGUUAAGGAGGAAUGUUUGUUCUAAUAAACAAACAAACA